AUGGAAUGGACACAAGCAAAAUCAUAUUAUGAUGGUUAUAGUUCAAUUGAUCGUUUUAAUUCUAUAGUUUUUAUUCAUAAUUAUUUAUGGACAUGGUCAAUAGCUAUAUUUUCUUCUUUAAUUCUUCCUAUAUUAUUUAUAUUUGCACCAACAUCACUUCAUACAACACGUACAUCAAAUUUUCUUAUUAUAUGUAUUGUAUGUUUAUCAAAUAUGUGUUCUCUUUAUGUUCAUGCAUAUAUGAUAAAUGAUGAAGGUGAAUUAAAUUUAUCAUAUCAUACAUGUCGUUUUAUUGUUUAUAUAUCAACAUUUUCAAAACCAAUUGGACUUUAUUUAACAUUAUUAUUUAGUAUUGAAAGAUUAUUUACAAAAAUUUUAUCAAAAUUUCUUGUACGUUUUAUUUAUUAUCGUCAAUUAUGUCAACAAUUAUAUAGAUUAUUAAUUUUUCUUGGUAUUAUUAUAAUAUUAUCGACUCGAUUAUUUCAAGUUUUAAACAUUAUUAUACGAAAUCAAUCUAUAAUAAAUCAAACAUCAAAUGAUGAUAGUGAUACAUAUGAAGAUAUGGAUGAUCAAGAUGUUAAUGCAACAAAUCGUAUUGUUGCAUUUAAAUGUUGUUUUAUAUCAAUGAAUAUAGAUAAUUAUGCUAGAUUUCUUUCAUUUUAUAUAGUACAAUAUUGGUUUGAACAGUUAAUGUUAAUUAUUAUUAUUAUUAUUAUUAUUAUUUUAUUAAUUAUUAUUAUUUAUCAAUGUUGUUUACCACGUAUUCAACAACGAAAUUUACCACUUCGUUUAAGUGUUAAUACAAAACUUUAUUUAUCACUUUCAUCAUGUAUUAUUGUAUCAGAAUUAAUUUUACUUAAAUUGCAUUUUAUUGUUGGUAAUAUUAAAUAUAAUAAUAAAAAUAUACAAGCAACAUCACUACAAUUUAUGUUAUUUGUAUUUAAUUUACGUUGUAUUAUUCUUCCAUUUAUUAUUUGUAUAACGACUUGUGAUCCAUUAAAACAAUUGAUUUUUGAAAUAUUUAUUUCACGACCUUAUCUCGAUAAUAUUGAUGAAAAUGAUACUAUAGAUACAAUCAAUAAUCGACCAGAACCAUUUUCAUCUACACAAAGUACAAGUAAUCGUCUUCAACAAAAAUUUCGUCGUACAUUUACAAAAAAUAAAACUAAUAAUAAUGAUGAAUAUUUUGAUAAUGAAGAACUACAUAAUGAUUCGUGA